AGUUGGACGCAACAACAACAAAUCCAACUGUAUAAAUUGAAACGCCCGUCCAGUUGGAAAACACAGUCUCAUCUAUAAUUUCGAAUAACAAAAGAAUGGCGCAUUUUUCUGUAGCCUCACUCACCCAAGUUGUUUUGCUGUUGGUUUUCAUCUGCUGGACGCCGAGUUCGACGGGCGCUGCCUUUUCCUUGGAGGAAGAAUUCCUGCAACUGAAGGAAAAUUAUAUUCAAAUGAAACAAGUCGUGAAAAGUUUGGAGGACAGUUUGGAAUCGACAGCGAUUGAACAGCAGGCAAAAGUGACACAACUGGAGGCGAAACUUGAACUAAAUAAUGAACAAAGACAAGAUUUGGCAUUGAAAGUAAUUCAACUAGAGGCCAAAAAUGUCCAAUUGGAAGUCAAAAUUGGAAAACUGGAAGGAAAAGUUGAGCAACAAGAUUCGCUUUUAACUUCCCUUUUACGUGAGAAAAAUGAACGCACAGCAGCAGCAACUUAUUCUGUUCCAAUUAACAAUAAUCCAUCGGCUGUGGCCAUCAACGGACUGCCGUCUUCGUGCGCGGAUCUAAGAGAGAUUGGCCACAUUUGGAGCGGAAUUUUUUCCGUCAUGGGAUCGGCGAAAAUGGAAUCCGUUUACUGCGAUUUCAAUAAAGACACUAACGAAACGGGUUUUGAGAAAUUUAUCGGAUACGCCGACGUCAAAUCGGCGCCCGUCCAUUUCUACGUCCAGAGAACUUCUGAUUUUGGCAUAAAAUCAACUCCAAUUCCGUUCGAGUUGGCGGUGUUGAACGAAGGAAACGCCAUGGAUUUGGCAUCCGGGAUAUUCACGGCACCGCGACCGGGAACUUAUUUUUUCUCUUUCGCGGGAGUGGCGGGUCUUUCUGUUUCUUCUUCUUCGAUUGAGUUUUAUUCUUUUCUUUAUUUGAACGGUAAUGAAAUCGGGUCAAGUCAUAUUCGCGAGGAUAAAGGCACCGAUUAUCGAUAUUUUCCGUUUACUCUCCAGUCGACGCUGAACUUGAAAACAGGCGACCGACUCUGGGUGGAGAUUAAUUUUGUACCUUUUGUCUAUUUGCUUGACGACGGUAGCCACUACACCUGUUUCACGGGUUUCAUGUUGGAGGAGGAAAUUGUGGCGUCCCUCUGAGGUUCAACUUCAUCGGCGACACGAAACAUUUUCGACCCGAACAUGUUUCUUUUAUGUCGACACGAAACUUUGGGGGAAGGGAAUUUUAAGGGGGGAAUUCGUUCGACUAUAAUUCAUUAAGGG